CAGCCGAACCCUCUCAAUCCUCACGCACCAAUCACCCACCAGACCACCGCCAACAUGGUCCAGCAAGUUCCCAAGCCUGAUCGUCUCGCCGACCUCCUGAGCCUCAAGGGCAAGGUCGUCGUCGUCACCGGCGCGUCUGGGCCCCGCGGCAUGGGCAUCGAGGCCGCUCGCGGUAGCGCCGAAUUCGGUGCCAAUGUGGCUCUGACCUACUCCUCUCGCAAGGAGGGCGCGGAGAAGAACGUCGAAGAGUUGAUCAGGGACUAUGGCGUCAAGGCCAAGGCGUACAAGUGCAACGUUGCCGACUACUCCGACGUGGAACGCGUCGUCAACGAAAUCAUCAAGGACUUUGGCAAGAUUGACGGCUUUGUUGCCAAUGCCGGAGCCACCGCUGAUGCGGGCGUCAUUGACGGCACGUCCGAGGCCUGGGACAAGGUCAUCCAGGUCGACCUCAACGGCACCGCCUACUGCGCCAAGGCCGUUGGCGCCCACUUCAAGAAGCAGGGCCACGGCUCCUUCGUCAUCACGGCUUCCAUGUCCGGGCACAUUGCCAACUACCCGCAGGAGCAGACGUCCUACAACGUGGCCAAGGCUGGGUGCAUCCACAUGGCCCGCUCCCUCGCGAACGAGUGGCGAGACUUUGCUCGAGUCAACAGCGUCUCUCCCGGCUACAUCGACACCGGUCUGUCCGACUUUAUCGACCAGAAGACGCAAGACCUGUGGCGUUCCAUGAUCCCGAUGGACCGCAACGGCCAGGCCAAGGAGCUCAAGGGAGCUUAUGUCUACCUGCUCUCGGAUGCCAGUUCCUACAUGACCGGAAACGACAUGGUGAUUGACGGCGGCUACACAUGCCGAUAAGCGCGAUAUCCUUUUCAUUCGUAUUGAGGGGAGCGGCGAAAAAGAUUGUUGGUUAGCUUUGGGCACUUGAGGCGUGAAAGCAGUGCUCUUGCCCAAGAUCGGGUCUCAAAUAGUCAUAAAAUACAUCCAAACACGCCCGAGCCUGUCCAUUGAUGAUCAGAGAAAGUGCCAUGGAAAGAAACCGGCUCACUGAAUGUGCCGGCGACGUUGGUCGGGCUCGACUCUGCUGCCACAACGUGAAGCAGGGCCAAACGGCACAACUGCCAAAUGUCAGAGAAAACACUUCGCACUUGA